AUGCCCAAGCCGUCGAAAUUGUCCAAAGGCGUGCAGGGUGCAGAGGAUGGUAACCUGGUAGUCACAAGCCAACAAAGUCGGUUUCACGUCGACGCGGUCGAUGCACCUUCGUCGAAAGAUAUCGAUGUCAAGGAUUUGACGCUAUCCGUGGGUGGGCGGGAACUGCUGGACCAUAUCCAUCUGCGCAUUGUUGAAGGCGUUCAUUACGUCCUUGCUGGUCGCAAUGGAACUGGGAAAAGUUCAUUGCUACGAGCACUGGCAGAGAGGCGGGUGCCAGGUGUCCCCAGUAACCUUCGCCUUCUCCUCCUGGGCCAGACAAGGGUCAGCUCUGAUGCGUUGACGGACCCGGUUGAGCCAGAAGAUCCAUCGCGAUCUGUACUGGAUCAUGUGACAAGGAGCGACCAGCGGCGAGAACGAGCCUUGAAAACGGCGAAUAGCUUGUCUGCGGCGAUCGAGGAGAAGGCAGACUCCAAGAAAAUCGUGCAGACCGUACUCGCUCUCAAGGUAGACGAAGCCAAACAGGAAUUGGCAGAGGCCCAAUUGAUAGCUGCUCGCCGAAGUGGUGCAAGAGGCUCAAAGGCUAGACAAGUCCUCAUCGAGAAAGAGAAUUCUCUCAACGCAGCACAGGAACGCCUCGAGCAAUCCAAUAUUGAUGAUGAACAAGAAGCAGUCAAGACUGGCAUUGAAAUGCUGGAGGCUACUAGGCUAGCUUUGGAAUCCAUGGAUGCCGGGAGUACUGAGUCUCGAGCGAGAACGGUGCUUUUGGGCCUGGGAUUUUCGGAAGCACAGAUUGAGAAACAGUUUACUUCUCUUUCCGGGGGUUGGCGAACGAGGUGUGAUUUAGCAUGUGCACUCAUUCAAAAUACCGAUGUUUUGAUGCUGGACGAGCCCACGAAUUUCUUGGACCUUCCGGCUAUUGUCUGGUUGCAACGUUAUGUCGAAACCUCUUUAUCCAAAACUUCGGUGGUAGUAGUAACUCACGACAGAGACUUUGCCGAUGCGGUUGCUCAGGAGUUACUCUUGGUUCGGCUGACCCCUGCAAAGACUCUGGAAGUUUUCAAGGGGAACUUAACCGAAUAUGAGAAUGAGAAACGUCGUCAGAUCCGGCGAAUGACCAAAAUGGCUGCCGCUCAAGAAAAGAAGACCAAACAUAUGGAAGAUACCGUCACCAAGAAUAUCAAAGCUGCAAAACGUACGGGAGAUGACAAGAAGUUGAAACAAGCAGCAUCGCGGAGAAAAAAAAUUGACGAGAGAUCUGGAAUGGAAGUUAGUGCGACUGGAGGACGAUUCAAAGUCAGUGAUAGAAUGGGCUUCUUCAACUCAACCCGAGCAGAGAUAGAGAUUCCUGGCUUCGACCCACCAGUCAACAUCACGCUUCCCGACCAGCCUACCGAGUUGCGACAUCCCGGACCGCUCUUCAGUUUCGAAAAGGUCUCUUUUACCUACCCCAAGUCUGGUAUUUGGCAACUCAAGGAUAUUGACCUAGUCAUGCAUCCUGGCGACCGGAUCGGACUCGCUGGAUUGAAUGGAAGCGGCAAGUCAACCAUGGUCAAACUAUUGAUGGGCGCCACAUCGGGAGGCACCCCGAGACCGACCAAAGGCUCAAUCACAGUUCAUUCCAAGGCUCGAGUCGCAUGUUAUUCGCAGCAUGCUGUUGAAGAGCUCGAAGAAUUGGGAAAGCAACAACCUGAAAAAACCGCAUUGUCACAUCUGAUGCAGCAAGAAGAUUGGACUGGAGAUGAACAAGCCGCCCGGGGGUUGCUUGCGAAACUCGGACUUCGAGGCAAUAUCGUCGCCGAAGUGCCAUUGUCAUCACUCUCCGGUGGCCAAAGAGUCCGCGUCGCCCUGGCCCAGGUGUUUCACAGCUCACCGCAUUUGAUCGUGCUAGACGAAGUUACCACCCAUCUUGAUGCCGACACGAUCGACGGUUUAAUCGAGGCUUUGAAGUCCUGGGAAGGCGCACUUCUAGUCAUCACCCACGACCGGCAUUUUAUGCGGUGUGUUGUGGAUCGAGAGAAGAAUGAAAAAGGUGGCGAUGAAGAGGAUGGCAGUGACAGUGAUGAGUCCGAGACUGCUACACCCGGUGUGGUCUACCACGUGCGUAAGGCGGGAUUGCGCAAGCUUGAACGCGGGAUGCAGCAGUAUGAGGACAUUGUCGCGAAGACGGUGGCGAAGCUGGGCCUUUGA